GUGUUUAUCAUCAGGCACAAAAAAAGUCCCCCAAAACCUAGAGUUUUACGUUUCUGUAUGACAAAAUCGUCCGCUUACAUUCGCGGUGCGGUGUUGUGGGGAGGGAUAGCUAAGACGGGGUUCUUUUUUCAUUUAAUGGCAAAAAAAGUCCAUAGUAAAAAAACGAUUCAAUACUAGAAGGCGUUGAUGAAUUGGGCCUCCUUUACUCACGUACCAUUGCUACCUACCUACCUACCCAUGGAUGCUUCUUUUUUUUUCUUCUACAUAACAAACAAUGGGAGAAGGGGGGUGGGGUUGGUGGUGGGAAUCAGUUAUUUGUUCUUGUUUUUUUUGUGUUGUUGUCGUUGUUGUUGUCGUCCUCGUCUAAAAAAUCCCGUACUUACUUACCCCUCCUGCCCUACUUAUAUAAAUAACUAUUGCUCCUUACCUACUACUACUACCUAUUGUGCCUUUUGUUGGUUGUCCUUCGUUGUAUAUACAAUCGAUCAAUGAUACUUAUAUACAAUACAAUGUAAAACUCAAUUGCUG